AUGUUCCCGAAAUUCUCGCGAAGUGCGCUUAUCGCCCUGGCGCUGGCGCUGGUUGGCUCCGAGGCCGCAAGCAUACACUUGAAGCCUCGUGCGGCUUCCUUUAACUACAACACCGACAAGGUCCGCGGUGUCAACCUGGGUGGUUGGCUGGUGCUCGAACCGUGGAUCACCCCCUCGAUCUUUGAUGCCGGCGGACAGGCCGCCGUCGACGAAUGGACCCUGACCGAGGCGUUGGGCAAAGAUGAGGCCAGGCACCGUCUCUCCCACCAUUGGGCACAUUUCGUCGGGCCCGACGACUUCCACCAGAUGGCCGAGGCAGGUCUGAACCACGUCCGAAUCCCCGUGGGGUACUGGGCCGUGACGCCUCUCGAGGGCGAGCCCUACGUGGACGGUCAGCUGGAGUACCUCGACCACGCCAUCGACUGGGCCCGGGAUGCCGGCCUCAAGGUCAUUGUGGACCUGCACGGCGCACCCGGCUCCCAGAACGGUUUCGACAACAGCGGCCGCAAGGGCCCUAUCAAAUGGGGCCAGGGUGACACCGUCCAGAAGACCAUCAUCGCCUGGGAGGAGCUCGCCAAGCGGUACACGGAUGACGCCGACGUCGUCAGCGCCAUCGAAGCCCUCAACGAGCCCAACGUCCCCGGCGGCGUCCCCCGCGGCGUCCUCGAAGGAUACUACAACGAUGUUCUCCGCCGUCUCCGCCAGCACAGCCCAGACGUGGCCCUCGUCCUCGGCGACGGCUUCCUAGCCCCCGAAAGCUGGAACGGCUUCCAAACGACCGACGGCAACGUCGUCAUGGACGUCCACCACUACGAAGUCUUCGACGACGGCCAACUCGCCAUGGACAUCAACGCGCACAUCCGCUCUGUCUGCGAGUUCUCCCGCACCCACCUCGUCCCCAACGACAAGCCCACCCUCGUCGGCGAGUGGACCGGCGCCGUCACCGACUGCACCAAGUACCUCAACGGCAAGGGCGUCGGCGCCCGCUACGACGGAAGCAAGCCCGGCUCCGCCGGCGCCGUCGGCAACUGCGCGCGCAAGGUCGACGGCGGCGCCGCCGGCCUGUCUGACCUCGAAAAAACCAACCUCCGCAAGUUCGUCGAGGCGCAGAUCGACGCGUACGAGCUCAAGUCGGGCUGGAUCUUCUGGACUUGGACCACGGAGGGGUCGCCGGAGUGGGAUAUGCGCGAUCUGUUGGCUAAUGGGCUGUUUCCGACGAGUGAGCAUGAUAGGCGGUAUCCUGGGUUGUGUUAG